AUGAACAGCACCCCAGCGAUGGCACCUCUGUCUCCAGGGCUGAGAAUGUUCUCCCCCUUGCUUGCUAGGGGCUCCACUCAUCAGGAAAAACAGGCCUCAAGUCCAUUAAAUUCAUCCAACCCGUCCAUCAUGAGCUCUCCAAAGCUCUGGUCGAAAGCAUCCAUCUCCAGACUCGCUGAGGAGUUUUUCUGGAUUGGUGGUAGUGUGGUGGCACAGCCAAAAUGGAGACUGGGUCAGAUAGUGGAGAGGUGUAUGUGCACCAUGCAGACCGGCACUCAGAUGACCAAAAUGAAGGGGAAGAAGAAGGGACUGGUUCGAUUCUUUUACCUGGACGAGCACAAGUCCUGCAUCCGGUGGCGGCCCUCCAGGAAACAUGACAAGGCCAAAAUAACUAUUGAUUCCAUCCAUGAAGUUUGCGAGGGGAAAAAGUCAGAGAUCUUCAGGCGGUACGCAGACAACCGCUUUGACCCAAACUACUGCUUCAGUAUUUACUACGGGGAGCGAGUGAAGUCCCUGGACCUGGUCUCCACCAACGCAGAGGAGGUCCGCACCUGGAUCACUGGUCUGAAAUACCUCAUGGCUGGCAUCAGUGAUGAGGACUGUUUGGCCCGGAGGCAGCGCACCCGUGAUCAGUGGUUACAGCAGACUUUCUCAGAGGCCGACAAAAACGGAGAUGGCACCUUGAGCAUUGGAGAGGUUCACCAGCUGCUCCACAAACUCAAUGUGAAUUUACCCAAGCAGAAAGUCAGGCAGAUGUUUCAAGAAGCAGACACAGACGAGAACCAGGGCUCUCUGGCCUUUGAAGAAUUCUGUUCGUUCUACAAGAUGAUUUCCACACGCAGAGACCUCUACCUGAUAAUGAUCUCCUACAGCAAUCAGAAAGAAGUAUUGGAUUUUCACGACCUCACACGCUUUCUGGAAAACGAACAGAAGAUGCGAGGAUUGGUCAAAGAGUAUUUAGUCGAUAUAGUGGCCAAGUUUGAGCCAUGUCCUGAGAACCUGCAGCGUACGGUACUCGGUAUUGAUGGUUUUACCAACUACAUGAGGAGUCCUGCAGGUGAUAUCUUCAACCCCGACCACAAUCAGGUGAACCAGGACAUGACCCAGCCUCUAAGUAACUACUUCAUUGCCACCUCACACAACACCUAUCUGACAGGAGACCAGCUGCUCUCUCAGUCUCGAGUGGAAAUGUACGCCUAUGUUCUCCAGGCAGGCUGCCGCUGUGUUGAGGUGGACUGCUGGGACGGUCCUGACGGGGAGCCUAUCAUUCAUCAUGGCUACACCUUGACAUCCAAAAUUCUCUUCAAAGAUGUCAUUGAAACAAUUAACAAAUAUGCCUUCACAAAAUCACCGUACCCAGUGAUCUUGUCCAUAGAGAACCACUGCACUGUGCCUCAGCAGAAGAAGAUGGCUGAGUAUCUGAGAGAGGUGCUGCAGGACAAACUGGAUCUUUCCAGCAUCAAUGUGCAUGAAUGCAAGAAGCUGCCUUCCCCUGAGAUCCUGAAAGGGAAAGUCUUAGUCAAGGGGAAAAAGCUGCCAGCAAACCUUGAUCCUGAUGCAGAGGAGGGUGAUGUGUCUGAUGAAGACACUGGUGAUGAGGAGGAGGAAGAAGAGAAGAGGAAAACAAUGAGGUUGUCCCGAGCUCUGUCUGACCUGGUCAAGUACACAAAAUCUGUCCGUGUGCAUGACAUAGAAACACAAGCAUUGAUGAACAGUUGGCAGGUAUCAUCCCUCAACGAGACUGUUAUGAACCAGAUCUUACAGCUGAAGCCGGGGGAGUUGGUCCGUUUCAACCAACGGCAACUUCUAAGAGUCUACCCGUCCAACUACAGAGUGGACUCGAGUAACUUCAACCCACAAUCUUACUGGAACACAGGAUGCCAUAUGGUUGCAAUGAAUUAUCAAACAGAGGGCCGAAUGCUUGAACUGAACCAAGCUAAGUUCUCGAGCAAUGGAAACUGUGGAUAUAUUCUGAGGCCUAAGUGCAUGUGUAAAGCUGCCUUUAACCCCAUGUUGGAGGAUCCUCUACCAGGACACAGAAAGACUCAGCUAGUGCUAAAGAUCAUCAGUGGACAGCAGCUUCCCAAACCCAAAGACUCCAUGUUUGGGGACAGAGGAGAGAUUAUCGAUCCUUUUGUUGAGGUUGAGAUAAUCGGCCUAAAUGUAGAUUGUUCCAAGCAGCAGACCAGGGUUGUGGAUGAUAAUGGUUUCAACCCAAUGUGGGAGGAGACCUUCGUCUUCAACAUUCAAAUGCCACGGAUCGCCCUGGUUCGUUUCCAAGUGUGGGAUCAUCAUCCUAUUGGACGAGAUUUCAUUGGACAGAGGACUGUUGCUUUCAGAAGUAUAAUGCCAGGUUAUCGGCACGUGUACCUGGAAGGGAUGGCGGAGUCAUCCAUUUUUGUUCAUGUCGCUAUCAAUGAUAUAACAGGAAAGAUCAAACCCACUAAUGCGGUGCAAGCAGCCAAAAAACACAUCCAAAAAGCAGCCCAGAAGCAUAUGAAGGGUCCUCAAAAGCAGCCUUCUCUGGACUUCUCUGUCCAGUCCUCAGAAGACGGACGCACUCUCUUCCUACGCAAGGAUAUGGAUACCAUUUCUCAGGACAGCAGGAAUGUGGAAAUAUUUCCUCUGGUACAAGGGCCAGCAGCCAAGGCUGCCAUCCACAAAGGGGCCAUGAGUGAGCCAGUGAGGCGAGCUCACAGAGUUAAAAUUCAUGAACCACCGGAGACAAGGAGAGGGAUAUUCAGCCCGAUGUCCUCCACUGACUCCCACCACAUCGGGGCUGCUCCCUGUGCGAAGGCGGACAGCUUUGACCUUGAGAUCUCACCGCAGGCUUCUUGUUCUGAUAGCCAGAAUCUAAUUCAAGAGGAGUUAGAGAAUGAACCUGAUGAAUCAAACUGUCCUGAGCAGGAGACAGUUCAGAUGUUUGAUCCAGAGCAGCCUGAACAAUCGGAGGAAUCACCAGAGCGAGACAGGGGCAGUGCCAUUGAACCUGAACAACCAACAGAAACUCAAAGUCAGACUGAUUCACUCCCUCGACCUCGACUCAUGCCCCUGCAUAUGCUCCCGCCUGAGGCCACAUUUUCUCCACUAAUCCCUCCACCGUCCCCUGCCAGGGUGAGACGGACCUUAGAGGCUCCGGCUAGACUCCCACUGUCCACCCCAAUACGAACAAAGGCACGCUCACGCAGUUGCCCUCGGAAACCAACCACCUGCCCUCAGACACCGAUGGUGAACCGCCAGCCUGCUAUCCACUGGCAGACACAGCGAGCACAAAACUACGACAGCUCCUGCAGCCAUGUGAGGCCCAUCCCCAACGGCCUCUUUCUGUCCGACAACACAUCCAGCAGCAGUGGAGGCAGCACCGACAGCCUGGAGUUUGUGCCCUCCUGUGUGCCAGCUGGGGCAGAGCAGCGUGAAGGCACCCUGCAGAGGGAGAUGAAGGCCCUCUUUGACCAGAGGAUGAGAGAGAUCAACUGUAAAUCACCAAUUUUUUUCUAA